AGACUGCAGAAUGAGAUUGAAGAUCUUAUGGUAGAUGUUGAGAGAUCCAACGCGGCUGCUGCUGCCCUGGACAAGAAGCAAAGACAUUUUGAUAAGGUCCUGGCAGAGUGGAAGCAGAAGUUUGAGGAGUCCCAGACUGAGCUGGAGAGCUCCCAGAAAGAGACCAGAUCUCUUGGCACUGAGCUCUUCAAACUCAAGAACUCUUAUGAGGAAUCACUGGAUCAUCUUGAAACCAUGAAAAGGGAGAACAAAAACCUCCAAGAGGAAAUUUCUGAUCUCACUGAACAACUUGGUGAGACUGGAAAGAGCAUUCAUGAACUUGAGAAGGUCAGGAAGACACUUGAGCAAGAGAAGGCAGAGAUCCAGACUGCUCUUGAGGAAGCUGAGGCUACUUUAGAGCAUGAAGAGGGCAAGAUCCUGAGAGCUCAGCUGGAGUUCAAUCAGGUCAAAGCUGACAUUGAGCGUAAACUUACUGAGAAGGAUGAGGAGAUGGAGCAGGCCAAGAGGAACCAGCAGAGAGUGGUGGAUACCCUGCAGACCUCCCUGGAGUCUGAGACUCGCAGCAGGAAUGAGGCUCUCAGGGUGAAGAAGAAGAUGGAGGGAGACCUCAAUGAGAUGGAGAUCCAGCUCAGCCAGGCCAACAGGCAGGCAUCUGAGGCCCAGAAGCAGCUCAAGGGUCUCCAUGGACAUCUGAAGGAUGCCCAACUGCAGCUGGAUGACGCUCUGCGUAGCAAUGAUGAUCUCAAAGAGAACGUUGCCAUUGUGGAGAGACGUAACAAUCUUAUGCAGGCUGAACUGGAUGAGCUCAGGUCCCUGGUGGAGCAGACUGAGAGAGGCCGGAAACUGGCUGAACAGGAGCUGCUGGACGUCAGUGAGAGGGUGCAGCUGCUGCACUCUCAGAACACCAGCCUGCUGAACCAGAAGAAGAAGCUGGAGGGUGAUACAUCCCAGCUGCAGAAUGAAGUAGAGGAGGCUGUGCAGGAGUGCAGGAAUGCUGAGGAAAAGGCCAAGAAGGCCAUCACUGAUGCUGCCAUGAUGGCAGAGGAGCUGAAGAAGGAGCAGGACACCAGUGCUCACCUGGAGCGCAUGAAGAAGAACAUGGAGCAGACCAUCAAGGACCUGCAGCACCGUCUGGAUGAAGCUGAGCAAAUCGCUAUGAAGGGUGGCAAGAAGCAGAUCCAGAAACUGGAGUCUAGGGUGAGAGAGCUGGAAUCUGAGGUGGAACUGGAGCAACGCAAGGCCAAUGAUUCUGUCAAAGGAAUCCGUAAAUAUGAACGCCGCAUAAAGGAACUCACUUACCAGACCGAGGAAGAUAAGAAGAAUCUGCAUCGUCUUCAGGAUCUGGUAGACAAACUGCAGCUGAAGGUCAAGUCCUACAAGAGAACAGCAGAGGAGGCUGAGGAGCAGGCCAAUAGCAAUAUGGGCAAGUUCCGCAAGAUUCAGCAUGAGCUGGAUGAGGCUGAGGAGAGAGCUGAUAUAGCUGAGUCUCAGGUCAACAAGAUGAGAGCCAAGAGCCGUGAUGCAGGUGGCAAGAAGGGGCAUGACGAAGAGUGAAGCUCUGCCGUGGGCCUUUUCUGACAUCUUUCCAUGCAGUACUCUGGAGCUUGCCUCUGGCUCCCAUCAUUUUAG